GUUUUACAUGUAGGAGGUUUAAAUUAAAAACUUGACAAGCCUGAUCUACCUUAUUUGUAGUAAUGGAUCAGCCCUAGUCAUACAUUUUAUUGACUGAACAUUCAAACUGAGGCAAUAUUGACUGACAUAUUGGACACAGUCUUCCCUAUUUUUGCCUCAAGAGUUGAUCAAUAUUGCUUUUGCUUUGUUAGCAAUGUUAUCAAUGGCUCUCUACUAGGUCAUGUACAGUGAAAUUGGAUUUAGUUUUGUGUAUUGUUGUUUGUUAGUGAGAUACUAGCGGUAUUGUUUGCUCUAAUUCUUUUCUCUGGAUGACUUAUCGUGAAUGUACCUUAAUAGCUUAGUGGAGAUAUCAAGUUGGGUUCAAUUUAUACAAAGAUAGUGGAUAAAUACACCUAAGUUUAACAUAUGGAAAUGGACAUGUGAUAUAGGAGUUUAUAAGAGCUGGGAACACACAGGAAAAAGCUCAGGAAAUCAUGCAUGGUGCUGCCUCUCCAUUUGCUUGGCAGGGGCUUAGCCCAUAUGAUGUUUACCAGCAGGCAGCUCAGGGGCUUCAGCCCCCGGCUGUGCUGUCACAACUGCCAGCACAUUCUCAUUUACCACCCAUGCAGUCAGUCAUGAAUCCAAGACUUCCACUUCCAUGGAUUAAUCCAGAUCUCAGAACACCUACAUCAUCCAUGGAUUCAUACUUACAUAAAUUACAAGAAAUGAAUGGCUUCCCAUCUAGAUCCAUGUUCGAGACCUCUCAAGGUGCAACUGACGUACCUUUACCAGGCAGCCUUCCAGCAUUUCAUUCUCUGUCUGAUAGAUACAAAACUUCCAAUGAUUUAUACUCUUCUAUAGAGAAUGGUUUAUAUAAACAUGAUCAUUUGGAUACUUUGGAUUCAAGUAAAGAAAAAAUGAGACAUUCAUCAAAUUCAUCACAACAUACAAGAAGAGAUUUACCAUCGUUGCCAUUCUUGCCUCACAUGUCAGCUGGAGAAGUAAACACUCACAGUAUGCAUUCAAGUGAAGCGUUUUCUCAUCUGAAAUGGAAGAAUGCAUAUUUGCCGCCAGCAUCAACCAGUGGCUCAAUGUCAUUAAAUGUGUCAUCACAGUCAACUACCUCAGCAGAUCUUAUGCCAGUACCGUCGACUGCUGCCAGUGUUAUACCAUAUUAUUCAAAACCCAGGGACAUUGAUACAUACUCUAUGCCGAACGGUUUGUUGAAUGAUGCCGCAAGCAAAGAAGCAGCUAGGAUUCUAGAAGAAGCAAAUCUGUCCAAUAUGAAAUCAGGGUUCGCUUUUUCAGACAGGAAACUAAAGUCACCAUUUACAAACAUAUCAAAUGAACAUAGGCAGCAGCCAUCAUUAUCAUCAGAACAUCAAGGGUUUCCUGUACCGCCUUCAAGUCACAGUUAUCAGCCUCUGCAGCUCAAGCCUCCUGUCGACUUCCGCCCAGAGAAUCAAGUGCAUUCUGCUUUUCCAAAACUUCCAGAUGGGCCAAUGCUAGGGCAGUCUGUUAGUCCAAUGCAGCAGCCUCACAGACCUCCUGCUGGGCCAAUGCCAGGUUAUUCCUCCAUGCCAGUACAAGGCCAAUCUGAUGCACCAUUACAAAAGCCCCCAUCAGUUCAAGGCGGGUCGGUUCAAGGCAAUAUGUGGUCUGAAUUUGUUUUACCACCCCCAAAUGUUGAACUUCAGAUGUCCAAAAAUGCAGAAAUGAAUACUUCAAAAAGGACAUCAAGUUUUCUCAGUGACUCUGAUGGCCUUAUACAAGCACAAAAAAGACAAAAGCAAGAUGAAAGUGAUGCAUCUAAAGUAACUAGUGUAGAUGAUCCUGUUGAAAAAGAGAAAGUUGAUGAGAAGAGAAAGAAAGAUGAAAAACUAACAAGAAGGAAAAGCUUUUCUGAGGACCCUGCUAUAGAGGCUUUAGUGGAUGCCAAAGUUCAAGAGAUAAUGGCAGCUUGUAAAGAGAAAGCUCAAACAAAAACGAGUGCUGAGAAAUCUAGACAUGUCAAAUCCCCGAAACAACAAAGCGGACACGUGGCAAGUAAUUAUGAUAAUCAGCAAGUUCAUGCAAGUAACUGGCCUAAACCACAUCCUGGCCACCAAACUUAUCAAGCUAAACCUGUACAGAAUAGUGUUUAUGACUUUGAUGAAAGUGCAGACAAUUUAAAUAUACACAGUAAAAGUUCAUACAAGGACUUACCCCAUCAAGUAAUGGACAUAAGGCGAUAUAACAAAGAGAAACAUAUGUUAAAAUCAGAUCCUGAUGUGAAUUCUUUUGGUGUCCAUCAUGCUGAAAAUAAGUUUAGAGAAAAAGUGAAAAUAAAUGAGCAGUUGAAACAAAAAGUGGAAUAUAGUAAUCAUCACCAUUUCCAAAUGUCUGACAAAGUGAUGAGUCAGCAAAACGUACCUUUGAAUGGUUUUCAUCCCAAUUUGAAUGUAAAUAGUCAAAUUAAAAACAGUUUAAAUCAUUACAUGUAUGAAAAAGAGAAUAAUAGUGGCAUAAAUGAAUUAAAAGCAGACUCUAAUAGCAAUGAAGGUAGUAAAUCAGGUGUAAAUAUAUCUGAAUUUCCUGAAAAAUGUCAUAAAAGUGUUAACAAUGGACCAGAGGUAAUGAAAAGUUGGAAUACGGGACAAUUUCCAUUUUUACCGGAGAACAAAAAAGUUAAUAAUAUGAAUUACAUGGACAAAUAUCGUGGAGUAAAUAAUAAAAAAGGGGUUAAAGUUGAAAAGACACCACACAAGCUGAAAAAUAUAACAAAAAUCGAGAGGCCUUCUGGACCACUCGGUAUAACGAAAAAAUUUGGAAAAUCUUAUGGAAUUAAGUCUUCAUUUUCAAUGCACAAAAAGACUCCAAAAUAUAAUAAUUUGAAAUUACCAGCAAUCCGUAAAAAAUGGAGAAAUAACCCAAAGUAUGUUAAAAAGCCAAAAGAUGACUUUGCUGAAAAAUUAAUAAAAAAUCUUGGAUUUCCGCCACUAACAUUAAAGGACCUUAUAUCUAGGAAACAAUAUAAGCUACCACAUGGAUAUAAUAAUGGCUAUUCAACUAUAGCAGCCAGCAUGCUGAAUGCGGAAGACAAAGCCGCAAGUCGCGGUACCCUUCCUGCCGCAGAUAACAAUACUACUGUAUCUAUAUCUGGUAAAAAUUGUCAGGUCUCAGAAAGUGUGCAAUCUGCAACAGAUAAAAGCAAUACAGAUCUUGAAGGUCAGCAGACGUCAUGUGCUGCCAAAUGUCAGAGGUCAAGAAGUGCAGACAAGUCUUCUGAGAAUGACCCUCAACCUGUACAAAGGUCAAGGUCAUGGUCACAUGGCAUGGUUGAUAACGGAUUCGGUAUAAAUGAGUUCAAUGAUUCAGCCGUGCCACAAGACAAAGAGCGGAUGAAGAAAAUAUCAGAGCAGAUUAGUGAUCUACAUGAACAGGUCACUGGGCAGGACAAUAAUUUAGAGAGGAAUACAGUGAUUGAAAUACCUAAUUGUGGAUGCCCCGGUACAGAGGAUAUAUCUAGUGAAACCAUUGACGGUCCGUACUAUACACAUCUGGGUGCUGGUCGCAGUGUAGAAGCCAUCAGAAAAACGUUAGAGAAAAGAACUGGUGAAAGUGGUAAAUCUAUCAGGAUUGAGAAAGUCAGAUACACUGGGAAGGAAGGUAAAAGUAAGCAAGGAUGUCCUAUAGCUAAAUGGAUUGUGCGACGGUCAGGUGAUGAUGAGAAGUAUCUGGCUCUGGUACGUCACCGUGUGAAUCAUGUAUGUGAGACGGCAUGGCUUAUUAUUGCCCUUGUUGCGUGGGAAGGUGUACCAGCCAUGCAGGCCGACCACUUGUAUGACUACCUCUCUAAAACUCUUCCAUCAUACGGAAACGAGACUGAGAGACGCUGUGGCACAAAUGACAGGAAAACAUGUGCAUGUCAGGGUGCCUAUCUAAUGAAGAGAGGGGCCUCUUUCUCAUUUGGCUGUUCCUGGAGCAUGUAUUUUAAUGGGUGUAAAUUUGCAAGAAGUACACAUGCCAGGAAGUUCCGGCUGAAGAACGAAGACAAGGAAGAACAGUUGGAGGAUAAACUACAAGCAUUGGCGACACAUGUUGGACCAUUAUAUCAACAGUGUGCACCUGAUGCCCAUGCCAAUCAGUGUUACUACUCAGACAAGGCGAAGGAUUGUAGACUAGGUGAUGCAGAGGGUAAACCCUUCUCCGGUGUAACAGCAUGUCUCGAUUUCUGCGCACAUGCCCACAAAGAUAUUCACAAUAUGAACAAUGGCAGCACUGUGGUGGUUACACUAACAAAACACCGAGGAUUGUCAAAGCCUGAGGAUGAACAGCUUCAUGUGUUACCUCUUUAUGUGCUAGACCCUACGGAUGAGGCUGGUAGCUAUGACGGACAGUGCAACAAGUUAAAGAAUGGUUCUCUAGAAGUCCUGCAUCAGUUUCCACUUGAGGCCAGAAUGAGAGCCCACCCUCUACAGUCAUGUAAGAAACGUCGCAUGAGCAAGAGAGGUCGAGGCGGUUCCCGGCAAACAAUGAAUGGUCGAACUUCGCCUUGGGAUUCCUCAUCGUCGGCUCAGUCUACCCCAAAGAAAGAUUUUUUACAAGGGCAAGAGGCCCUGCUUAGUCCUGCAAGCUCCCAUAAUAACACACCCGUUAAACAAUCUGCGAUGAAGUUACCAUUCAACAGUGAUAAACCGAUCUCAUACGAUGAUCUCAUGUCCAUGUCAACUCAGGAAGGCUUUAGUACACUGUAUGAUAACUUUUGGGACUAUUUUUACUCCUUUGGUGUUUUCCCUCCACCAGCAAUAUUAGCAGCCAGUCUGCAAGCAUCAGGAGAGGAUAAAUCUCUGGAUGCAGGGAAUUUUAAACUGAAUGAAAAAAGGCAGCAAGAUGUACCAAAUCAUUUAACUUCUGUUAAUGCUCUAAACCGAAGCUCAGUGCCUUCAAACAUGGCAAAUUCUCAGGAUAAACAAAAAACUGCCAUUUCACAAGAUCAACAACACAUGGCUAAUUCGCAACAUCAAGUGUCUAGGCAACAUGAUCAACAACACAUGGCUAAUUUGCAACAUCAAGUUUCUAGACCACAAGAUCAGCAUCACAUGGCUAAUUCGCAACAUCAACAUCAAGUUUCUAGACCACAAGAUCAACAACACAUGGCUAAUUCGCAACAUCAACAUCAAGUUUCUAGGCCACAAGAUCAACAACACAUGGCUAAUUCGCAACAUCAACAUCAAGUGUCUAGGCCACAAGAUCAACAACACAUGGCUAAUUCGCAACAUCAACAUCAAAUUUCUAGACCACAAGAUCAACAACACAUGGCUAAUUCGCAACAUCAACAUCAAGUGUCUAGGCCACACGAUCAACAACACAUGGCUAACUUUAAAAAUGACCCACAAAAUUCAUCUGUAUAUGCUUCAAGUUCUGUUCAAGUUCAAAAUCCAUUCAGUGAUCCACCUCAAUACUAUAGCAAACCUCCACCCUCAUAUGGAGAAGCAGUGAACUUUAGCUUUCAGGAAAAACAACCAAGUGUCAGUUCAAAUGAUACGCAUGAAAACUUUAGUACAAAAGAUAGACCCAUUCAGUCAGGAAUUACUGCCCGAAAUGAAACAGCAAAUCAGGGUAGUUUUGUCAAUGGGGGAAGUGAAAAUAAACAAAUAAGCCAUCAACAGGCAGCAGAUAAAACAAGUAAUGUGCCAUCAGGAUUUAAAACAGAUUCACAGGCUUUGGAUCUUUCAUUUUCAUCUAACAGCAGUAAAUCUGAUGGACUUGCAACAAGUCAGGACCUAACAGUGCCACCAUCGGAAAAUUGGGGAAGUCAAUCCAUGCAAGAACCUGCAAAAUCUCUACCUCAAAAUCAUUCGCUGGAGUCUUCUAUGAAUGCAAACAGAUCUCAGCAGUCUCCGUUGGAUUUGUUAACAAAGGCCAUGGACAUGCGUAGUAAGCAAGUAGGUUUCAACGGCACUCUCUCACAUGCCAAUAGUAGUAAUAGUGAUUUACAGACAGAAAGAGCAAUUCAUCAGCAAGGAUUCCCAGAUAAACAUAGUCAACAGAAUAAACCUCAGUCAGAUGAAAAUAAGUUUGGUGUUCCUAAGUUUGGACAUUAUCAUACAGAAAAUAAUUCUUUACAUCCUAGUCAUUUUCCAACUCCAGAAUUCGCCAAGGCUAAUCAACAAAAUACACAAAUGCAAAAUCAGUACGAACAAGUUGGAAUGAAUUCCGGGAAUCCUUGCUGGAAACCUUACGAUCCGAACAGAUUUGAGUUCCACGAAAGGCUUGAUACUGUUAAAACUGAGAAGUUAAAUUCAGAAGAUGCAAGCCUCCCAGAUCCCGAUGUCGUAAAGUGUGAGAUGCAAUACAAUGAGGAAGCUUUCAGAGAUGCACAGAUGGGAGGAGUUGCUAUAGCAUUGAGUCAUAGGGCGGUUCUUUUUGAAGUAGCCAAACGCGAGCUCCAUGCCACAACAGGACUGAAAAACCCUAAUAGGUAUCAUCCUACAAGAAUAAGUUUGGUUUUUUAUCAGCAUAAGAAUUUGAAUACAGAAAGGCAUGGUAUGUAUGCUUACAAAAAGAAACUCGAAGAUAUGAAAAUGAAGGAAAUGGAGCAGAUGCAGUUGGAAAGGGGCUAUGUAGACAUGCAGGAGAUUGAAAAUAGUCUAAAGGGCGGAAAGAAGCAAAAAUUAACUGAUGAAGAAGCAGAGAUUGCAGAAUUACUGAAGAGUUCGAAAGCAGAAUAUAAGUUUAUGUGGAAUUGUAAUACGAAUCGUUGCGAUUCCAAUACUACAGAGACUGUCUCAACUAAAUGGAUCGAUCCAUCACCGAUAGUGACUGGACCGUACCAGAAAUGGAUUUAGAUUGGUGUUGGCAAUACCAUAUAAUGGAUUUAGAUUUAGAUUGAUUCUGUUUGUACCGAACAAUGGAUUUAGAUAAAAAUUGAUGUGGUUAGUACAGGACAAUGGGUUUAGAUAUAGAUUGUCAUGGUUCAGUGAUGAUGAAGAUAUGAAUGAUCAUAAUCAGGCUAAAUAUUUGGCCAGUUGUUAGCUUAGAAUGUUAGACUACCGGUAUAUUCAUAGGGCCAAGUAUAAAUUAUUCUCUGGUGAUACAUUACAUCAUUGAAUUUACACCAUGUUUUAUAACUAGAGAUAACUUUAUAUUGUUAAUAUCACCCCUUGUAUUUAUUAGAAGAACUGUUUUUAUCUUGUUGUUUCUUGUAGAUGUUAAACUCUAUAUUUAUUUUUGAUUUUUCUCAGGAAUUUUUAAGAAGAUUUUUACACCCUAAUUAUAAUGUUUGCUGUACUAAUAGCAAAUUGUAUAGUAUAUAAUUAUACUUCAUGUAAAUUUGGACUAUUAAAUGUUGAAUUGCAUUGUGCGAGGUUAUAUAUGUGUUAUUUGAACUUUAAGUUCUAGAUUUAUGUAUGUGUUAGUGCUAGGAAACGAGUGUGUUGUUAUUAUUCUUCUGUUUGCUUUAGAUAUUAUUAUUAUUUUGUUUGUAUAGUCAGUGCUUGUUUCAGUAUUUGAAAGGGGAGAUAAUUCUCUGUGCAAGAUUUGUGCUUCAUUUCUUUAUUUUCCGACUGAUCUCACUUGUAGAGAUGUUCUGUGAUGUUUCUUUGUCUUUGGUUAAGUCUAAAAUUCAAAUUUGUAAACCAGUCAGAAAUUUUGAGCAUUUGAUUGGCUAUUUCAGACUGCAAGGUUGAAAUGAACCAAUAGAAGUUUAGCAUUUUCAGACUGGUUUAGACAUUUGAUUUUUAUUAUCUUUUGUAUGAUAGAAACUUGUUAUUGUAUAUAUUUAUAGUAUAUAUAACUGGUCCACCUGAAAAUUUAACAUAAUGAGUUUAGUUUUAAGAGAUGUUUCUCUUGUAAUUGAAAGUACAUGUAAUAAUGAAUUUAUAGUAAAGGUAUUGUAGAUGGUUUGUGAUAGAUGUUGUUCCCUGUAUAAUUCACACAGUUAAACUCUUAAAAUAGUUCAGAAAUGCUCAAUGUAAAAUGUAUACUUUAUUUUAUAUGCACACAAUUUUUUUUGUCUUUGAAAUAAAAUUGUCAUUGCAACUGUCUAAUUUUGUUCAGAUACAAAAAAUGUACAAAUAAUUGUAUUUAUGAUGAAUAUUUCAUUAAAAGAUAGAUCUACAUACUUCAAAACAAAUUAUUCCUAAUUUCUACCUUAUUUUAAGAUUGUUCAUUUACAACACAUUUUUGACAACUAUCAAAAAGAAAACAAUUUUGGUUUAGUUAUAUGUGAAAAAAUAAGUCAUUUUUGUGUACAAAAUGAAUUUUUCAAACGGAGCUUUUUGCAGUCUUGUAUUUUGCUUUAAAGAGAGUGCCUGUAUAAAUGCUGUGCAUUAGAUACAUGCCGGAAAUUAUAGAUAAGAAUCAUAGUGAGCUACUUAGGAUAGGCUGAUACAGUGUUUUUAGGUGUUAACAGUUCACUCAAACACCUCUCAGACACUCUGGUCAGGAUUCUUGAAACUUGGAUUUAGGCAUCUCAACAUGGGUUUUUCAGUUCAUUCCAGGACUGGUUUUUAAUCUACUAGAGAUAAUAUAUAAUGUCUUUGAUUUAACCAUAAGAACAAGAUUAUAGGGGCUUCUUCAAUUAACGUUUGAGCUGAACUUUGUCAGCCUAUAAAGAUUGAAUGAAUAGUUUAAACUGUUAAAAAGGUAGUUAUACAUAUAGUUAAAAAGAUACCAUCAUUAUACCAUGUAAACAUUGUGUGUUAUUGUUAGUUUUUUCAUCUUGGCUGCCUUAGUAAUAUUUAUCUCUGGAAAGAAUUUUACCAACUUAUACCAAUUUAUACAGCCAUUAUAUUCUGGUUAUUUUAAUGUCUGACAAAAAUGUGCACUGCUGAAUAUUCUGAAAUUAUUUAUAUACACCAGCUUUUCUUUUCUCUUCUCUGGAAAAGAGAGAUGUUUCAGGUAAAUUGCAGCACUUUUAUAUAAUAUCUGAUUUACAGACUGUUUAGGUGAAUCUUUGAAAUAUUGUUAACUGUUGAUUAUAUAAUGUUAUAAUUUCCUUUAGUACCUUGUCACAGUUUUUGAGGUUUUUUUUUUUUUUUUUAAUAUGCUUCAAGAGUUAUCCCUCUUGAUAACUUUGAUGUUUUCUUGAGUUUUUAAAUGUUCUUGACAGUGUAAUGUACAUUUGUUCUUAUACUGCACUGCCAUUGUUUAGUGACUAAUGAGUUAUUACUUGAUAAGAUUGUUUGAUUAGAAUAUUUUUAAUGUGUUCUAUUUUUCAAUUUGUUAAGAAUCUAUUCUUAAAAAGCAAGAUUUGUUUUGAUAUGCCAUUUUAGGUUAAAAAGUCAUUUUUUUUUUCUAAGUGUUUUUUAAAAAGUUUUACUGUUAAAAAAGUUCUAUUGUUCGUCUUUGUCUUUAAAUCUUUUUUUAAUGAAGUUCUUUUUGUUAAACUUUCUUUUAAAUAUUGUUUACUUGUUGUUAGAUCAGAUAAUUUGGUAUAUCUCCAGUUGAUUAAAACAAAAUGUUUUAUAUUCCGUCUCCUUAGUGCAAUAAGUGGUUAACUCCCAAUUAAUUUAGAAGGACUUAACUCGUUACAUCACUAAGUUGACGUUUUACUAUUUUUAGGUUUUAUUCAAAAAACAUUUUAUUUAUUCUAUAUACAUGUACUAGCCUCAAGUGAGGUACUUUUUUAAUAAUUUACACUGAACAGUUUAUAAAUGAUCUUUUGAUACAUGUUUAGAUUUUAUUUUAAACUUAAUUAACCAUUGAAGACAUACAGAAAAGUAGAAGACAUUUGGCAACCUUUUCCCCUCUCCUGCUUAUGUUCAAAUCAGGCUAGAGACUUAUUGAUAUUUCAGGAAUCCUAUUAUGCAGUUGGCCUGAAUUUUUGCAUGGAAUGACACCCACAGUCUUUUUCCACCAGUAAAAUUGACGUGUCAUCUUAAGUGUUUUUGGUAUGACUUGAUACCUUA